CCAAUGUUCUUUUGUCCCACCUCACAAAGUCAGAACACUGGAGAAAUUGCCAGGAUCCGUGAAGAAUGCAAAAGGGAAAGUUUCUGGUACAGAGCUCUUCCUUUGUCUCUUGCGAGCAUGCUUGUCACCCAGGGGCUAGUCUCAAAAGGCAUUUUCUCAGCAAGCCCAAGAUUUGGAGCAUUUCCUAAGAUGGCAAUUGCUGGUGUCUUAGGUUUUGCCAUUGGAAAGAUGUCAUACAUAGGAGAAUGCCAAAAAAAGUUCCAGAAAAUUGGUAUUGUACCAUGUGGUCCACAACACAAAAGGCAUUGUCAUCAUGCUUGCAAAGAAUGUCAAGGAAAAUUGGGAUCAAAUGAGAAAGAAGGUUCAAGUCCUUCAGCAUCCCAGAUGCUGCCAAUACUUUAUGUAGCAAGCAAAACAGCAUAUGCUGGAACGUUUGUCUGCUAUGUCAAAAGGAAAGAGUACAACGAUGUUUAA